GGCUAGUAUAUAAGUUGCAACAGGUAGCUAAAGUUUCAUUAUUCUCUAAUCAUGGCUCUCAAUUACAGCGAAAGCCUACUAGCAGUUAUUACGGCAGUGAUUGUCUUUAUUUUUACAACUAUCUACUUUUACUCACGUUAUAAAUUAAACUAUUGGAAACGUCGUGGAGUGGAACAGUUACCUACAAGACACUGGCUUUUUGGUAAUUUUAAAAACGCUAUUUUAUUUCGUACUGCUCCAGGAUGGCAUCUAGGAGAACUUUAUCGUCAAGCCACAACAGACUCACCUUAUGUUGGCUUUUAUAUCUUCCAUAAGCCAUGUCUUCUUCUCCGAGAUCCAGAGAUUAUCAAGCAGAUCCUUAUCAGAGAUUUUGAAAACUUUUCUGAUCGUCAUUUCGCUGGUUCUCAACAAAAGGAUAGCAUUGGUAUGAGAAAUUUAUUUGGACUCAAAAAUCCAGCUUGGAAAUAUUUAAGAACUAAAAUUACUCCAACUUUAACUCGUGGAAAGUUGAAGCAAAUGUUUCCAUUAAUGAGAGAAACAGGAGAACCAAUGAUGAAUUAUAUUGAACAACAAAAAGCUGAUGAAAAAGGGGUGAAAAAACUUGAUGCUCAAGAACUUAAUUAUAAAUACACUUCUGAUCUUAUUGCUAGUGUUGCUCUUGGUACAAAAAUGGAUUCUUUCAAUAAUCCUAACGCUGAAUUUAAUAAGGCUGUUAUGGAAUUUUUCCAUGGAUUCAAAAGAAUGAUAGCUUUGGUGACAGUAUUUUUCAUGCCUGAACUUGUUGACGUAAUUGGUUCUCCAAUGCUUUUUAACUCAAAAUUUGUUAAAGAAGUUUUUUGGAAUGCUGUAGAAUCACGUGAAAGAACUGGCAAAAAGAGAGGCGAUUAUAUUGAUUCUAUAAUUCAAUUGAAAAAUGGUGAACAAAAUCCUCUUUACAAAUUUGAAGGUGAAAAUUUGCUUUUCCAAUCAGGUACAUUCUUUUCUGGUUUCGAAUCAAGCUCAACCACAACUGCAUUCACUCUCAUGGAACUAGCAAGACACAAAGAAUAUCAAGAUCGUGUCAGAGAUGAAAUUAAAAAGACAAUUGAAAAAAAUGGUUGGACCUAUGAAGCAUUUAAUGAAACGAAAUUUUUGGAUCAGUGUAUUGCUGAAGGUAUCAGACUUCACCCACCUGUUUCUACAAUUGACAGGAAAACUCGAGAUGAUUAUACUAUUCCCAAUACUGACAUCGUCAUAGAAAAAGGCACUGCUAUUUACAUCUCGCUCUAUGGUCUCCAAGAAGAUCCAAAGCAUUUCCAAGACCCUGAAGUAUUCAACCCUGAACGUUUUAGUGAUGAAAGCAGUAUUCCUGAUGCAUACAUACCUUUUGGAGCUGGACCAAGAAUGUGUGUUGGAAUGAAAGUUGGACAGCUACAUGCCAAAGUCGUAAUUGCUACAAUUUUAUCACAAUAUGAAAUUUACCAGAAACUGGAAGACAAAAAUGAAUUAGAUCCACGUUCAACUUUUACAGCAGCCGUUCACGGCAUCAAUGUUGAAUUUCGGAAAUUGACUACAUAAAUCCAUCGGUAUUUUUUUUUAUAUUGUAGAAUAUUGCUAUAAAUUACUUGCAUAAUUUCGAUUUUUCGUUCUCACAUCAAAGGGUCCGGAAUCAGGAAGACUGAUAUUCACAUAAAAUAAUAAUUUAUAACUAAUACAGUAAUCGAGUAUUUUUAUUGUUGUAUAAAUAUCGAAAAUGUUUGAUAUUGAAAUAUUAAAAUUUUAUUUAAUCAAUAAAUAUAAAAUGCAA